GGCGUCAGGAUGCCUCUGGUGACUCGCUGCAUCGAGCCGCGGUUUCUCUGCAGAGGAGCCGUUCCAGAGGGAGUGUCCUCAGAGCUGGAAUGUGUGACCAACAGCGCCCUGGCAGCGGUCAUCAGACAGCUGGGGUGUCUGAGCCGUCACGCGGAGGACGUGUUCGGGCUGCUCUUCUCUGAGGCUCACGGCGUCUCGCUCCGAAUGACGUCGCUUCAGGAACGAGUCGACUCGCUCAGCGUCAAAGUCACACAACUGGACUCGACCGUGGAGGAGGUCUCUCUUCAGGACAUAAACAUGAGGAAGGCGUUCAGGGGCAGUACCAUUCAGGACCAGCAGGUCAUGUCUCGAGCCUCAAUCUUGCGCCCUCUGCUGGAGACGUACGAGCGUUGCGACCCCCCACCCCCACUGCACCUGCUCACCCCGUACAGGGACGAUGGUAAAGACGGAAUGAAGUUCUACACAGAUCCAUCAUAUUUCUUCAGUUUGUGGAGAGAAAAAAUGCUCCAGGCGACAGAGAACAAAAGGAAAGAGAAACGCCGACACAAGGAGCAGAAAAACACAGAGGAGACGUCAGGUCGAGAGGUCAAGAAGGUGCGUAAGGCUCGUAAUCGUCGACAGGAGUGGAACCUGAUGGCGUAUGACAAAGAGCUGCGCCCUGACGCUCGCGUGUCGCCUUCGCCGUACGACUCCUCCCCUGACAGGUCGGGUUCUGGAGGAUCCCUGAAGGACGUAGUCCAAACCCAGUCCUUGGACCGGGCUCUGAGGCCCAGUAACACAAACCCCGCCUCCACAAGACAACACUCUCUGGGACGCAAUCAAUCACAGCACCAGCAGUCAGCCCCGCCCCCUGCACCGGCCAAUCAGAGUGCAGCACGGACCGCUGCCAAAGAAAAUGAUGCCCUGCCACAGGUGCCCCCGGCUCCGCCCCCCCCUCCUCCUCUCAUGACUACACCUGGUCAUGUGACCUUCUCCAACAGCCCCGCCCAUUCUUCUGCUGCCACGGCAACGCACGCCCCCACCGCCAACUCAGGAGGCGCUGCACGUCCAUUUAGCCCCUCCCCUCCGGCCCCGCCCCCCAUGAACCCUGCCUCCCCGCCGCCUAUCGCCACGGUGACAGACAGGAAGCCUCCGGUCACCGUGGGAACAGAGAGGAAACUCCUGGGACCCAAUUUCCCCAUGAACGACGCGCGAAGCGACCUGUUAGCCGCUAUACGCAGAGGGAUCCGUCUGCGGCAGGUGCAGGAGCAGCGGGAGCAGGAGGAGAAGAGAGAGCCCACAGGAAACGACGUGGCGACCAUUUUGUCCCGACGCAUCGCCGUUGAGUACAGCGAAUCUGAGUCCGAGAACGAGCAGGACCAGGACUGGUCCGAUUAGACCUGGGACUUUGGACUGACCCAGGACUGACCCAGGACUGACCCAGGACUGACCCAGGACUGAACCAGGACUGAACCAGGACUGAACCAGGACUGAACCAGGACUGAACCAGGACUGA